AUGGCUCUUGCUUCGGCUGCGACCAAGCUGCGAAGGACGUUGGCGGACCCCAAUGGCUUCGUCGUGGCUCCGGGUGUCUAUGAUGGCAUGUCGGCACGUCUGGCACUGGCAGCGGGGUUCGAUGCGCUGUACAUGACAGGCGCCGGCACCGCAGCUUCCGUCCACGGACAAGCGGACCUGGGCAUCUGCACGUUGAAUGACAUGCGCGCCAACGCAGAGAUGCUGGCCAACCUCUCGCCCACCACACCGCUCCUUGCAGAUGCCGACACCGGGUACGGCGGCCCAAUCAUGGUGGCCAGAACCACAGAGCAGUACGCGCGCUCCGGCGUAGCGGCUUUCCAUAUCGAGGACCAGGUGCAGACCAAGCGGUGCGGACACCUGUCUGGCAAAUUGCUCGUAGACAAGGAGACCUACACAGCUCGGAUUCGGGCAGCGGUGCAAGCGCGGCAACGACUGGGCAGCGAUAUCGUCGUGAUUGCCCGGACGGAUGCACUGCAGUCGCACGGGUACGAAGAGUCUCUGGCCCGACUGCGCGCAGCCCGCGACGCUGGCGCCGACGUGGGGUUCCUGGAGGGAUUGACGUCUCGGGAGAUGGCGCGUCAGGCCGUGCAGGACCUUGCCCCGUGGCCCUUGCUGCUGAAUAUGGUUGAGCACGGGUCGACGCCGAAUAUCUCGGCGUGUGAGGCGCGUGAGCUGGGCUUUCGGAUCAUCAUCUUCCCUUUUGCGACGAUCGGACCGGCUCUCACGGCGAUGCGGGAGGGGCUGGAGAGGUUGAAGCGGGAUGGUAUUCCCGGGUUGGACAAGGAACUGACACCGCAGAUGCUCUUCCGAGUGUGUGGGCUGGACAGGAGUGUCCAGCUGGACGCGGAGGCAGGCGGAAGCGCGUUCGAGGGCGGCGUCGACCUGCGCGAGAAUUGA